AUGGCUGCGGUUUGGAGCGGCUGCAGCACAAGCUGCGGUUCCUUCAGCCAGGAGCUGCCUCGCCGUAGCGUGAAGGGCGGCCAGGGCACGAGAGUCCGUCCAGCGACCGGCGGCCGGAGCAGAGGUGACGCCCGUCCGGUAAGCGGCGGCACGGUGACGGCGAGAGGGGCGUGUGUUUGCAGAGCGGCCCCGUGCGUCCUCGAAUCUGAUGUCACCGGCAAGGAAGAGGCCGGCCUGGGGAUCCGGGGCGUGGAGGACGAGCGACCUGGUGCUGCUGGUUUCGAUUACCACCAGAGGCACGGGCUCCGGCGGCGUCCGGCGAGGCCGGCUGCCGUGGAGAAGGACCCUGUGGGCGCGAGAAGCGUGCCAUCAGCGUCAGCUUCAGAGCCGGCGGAUAAAUUCGAGCAUGAGGGAUCAAGGCUGCACUUCCUAGAAGAGAGGAACGAGGAACUGCUGUCCAGAAGGCUGAUGAAGCUGAGCCAAUCCAACAAGGUCAGGAGUGCCAUAGAGCUGUUUGAUUCAAUGCUUGCGUCAGGCCUUCAGCCCAACGCGCACGCCUGUAACUCCCUUUUGGCCAGUUUUGUCCGCAGAGGUUCCUCCGUGGACGCGAUGAAGAUGUAUGAGUUCAUGAAGGGGAAAGGGUUGGCAACUGGCCAUACAUACACCUUGAUACUCAAGGCUGUUGCCAGGACCGAGGGCUAUAUCUCUGCCUUGCAAAUGUUCAGUGAGAUUGAAGAGUGCAAUGAAUCGAGGGAAACCCUUGAUGUGAUUGUUUACAACACUAUGAUAUCUGCGUGCGGAAGAGCGAAAGACUGGAGGCAAGUGGAGAAACUGUGGGGAAGGCUAGCGGAGAACUCUUUGAGUGGAACCUUGAUGACUUACGAUCUGUUGGUUAGCACAUUUGUGCAAUGUGGACAGUCUGAGUUAGCAAUUGCUGCUUAUGAGGAAAUGCUCCGCGGGGGGCUUGAUCCAAGUGAAGACAUAAUGAAGGCCAUCAUUGCCUCGUGCACCAAAGAAGGGAGGUGGGAGUUUGCGCUGGCCACAUUUAGGAGAAUGUUGAGUGCUGGCAUGAAGCCCAAUAUCAUUGUGUUUAAUUCGGUUAUCAACUCACUUGGGAAAGCUGGUGAAGACGAGCUCGCCUUUAGGAUGUACCAUCUUCUAACAUCUUCAGGACUUGAGCCUGAUCAAUAUACAUGGAGCGCAUUGCUGUCAGCACUGUAUAGGUCUGGUCGAUGCUGGGACGCCCUAGAGCUUUUCCAAGGAAUUAAAUCCAAGAAUCCGUCUGUCUUAAACAGUCAUCUCUACAACAUAGCUUUGAUGUCUUGUGAAAGACUUGGUCAGUGGGAGCAUGCUUUGCAAUUGCUGUGGAUGAUGGAAAAAAGCGGACUGCAAAUUUCAGCGGUCUCUUACAAUCACGUGAUACGUGCUUGUGAGGUUGCUUGUGAGCCAAAAGUCGCUCUGAAAGUGUACCGGCGUAUGACUCAUGAGAGGUGCUCACCGGACACAUUCACGCAUUUAUCUGUUAUAAGAGCUUGCAUUUGGGGAUCUCUUUGGGACGAAGUAGAGGAUAUACUGGAGGAGGUCGCUCCAGAUUCUUCGAUCUACAACACGGUCAUACACGGGCUUUGUUUGCGUGGCAAGAUCAGAUUAGCCAGGAGGGUGUACACAAAAAUGCGGAGCAUUGGGCUAACACCAGAUGGCAAGACAAGGUCGUUCAUGCUGCAACACAUCGCGUCAGCAGAGUAG